AUGUCCACCCAUCCCAUUCCUCCCACCUACGAGCCUCGCAGAUUCAUACUCGAGACCCUAAACAAGCCCCGAUCUGGCCUAUGGGGCCAAUUGAUCAGUAAAGACCAUUCCCCCAUCAUAUCCUACCGCUACAUACCUGGCAAUCGCCUUGAGCCGCUCUAUUUCUUGGAAAUCAAAUCGCCAAUACCCUGGGGAUCACCUGUAAGCAAAGACUUCCUUCCCGAGUCUUACGACCUCUUCCGACCUUGGGCGAUCUCAACGAACGGCGCCAUCCUCAUGAGGUGGAUCAAGGCCAACUGCGCAUUUGCCGCCACCGGCCCUUACUCCUCUCUCUAUAAGGACAUGGAUGGCUUUAUUGUGCGAUUCCAAUGUUAUCAGCGUGCGUAG